UACUACACUGAAGCGGAACUACAUGCAGUCAUAUUUUGACACGUCAGCUGUAGGCGCCGGACACAUUUGUAAGCUGUACUUGUCGCAUUUCCUUGCUCGGCUGUGUUGAUGUCCACCGAUGUGAGAGUUUUAAGUGAAACGCUUUUCAUUUCCUUGUGUUUUCUCGUCUUUAUGAAGAUGUGUCUUACCUCUGAAUGAAAAAACUGAAUGAGCUGAUUUUUCCGUUGAUUAAUUCUGUGAUUCAACCGCCUGUGUUUUAUGAUCUGGCAUGCUGCCAUCACCAGUCGUCAGUUCUACCAUCAACCCCAAAAAUGAGUGACUGCCACAGUUUAUGAUUAAUGCAAAGUAUUUGCACAGGCGCACUGGUAUGUGGUCAUCUUUUUUCUGAUGUGUUGCCAUGUGCAUGCAGCGUUUUUCACAAACUCACUUUCUCGUCUUCAUCAGAAUUGUUCAGUCCAGUGAAUUCCCCAUUUCACUGUUUGUUGCUCACUGCACCUUUUCACUGCUGCUCCAUUGCAUAUUAAAAUGAUAUAAACCUAUCUGCUUUGAUCAGCAUGAUUCUGCUUCCCAUAAUGCUGUCAUUGUACAAACUAAAUGAUUGAAGGCAUUUAUAGCAGCUUCAACUAAAAAUCUCUCAACUAAAAAUCGGUUUAGUUCUAUCAGUUGUUUUCACUCAUCUCCUUUUUGAAGAUUUGCUGAUAGGACUGGAGGGUUGAGGCCCACUAAUCCAUCAUGGAGUCCUCAAAUUUAAUCAGACACAUGAACGGGAGGCAGAGGAAGCAGGUGGGUGGCACCCUCCCACCUGAAAACAUGAACGACAUGGAGAGUGACUUCUCUGAGCCGGGGAUAGAAGAUGAAAGAGAGCAGGGUUCUCUUCUGCUGCGAGGGUCGCCUCGCAGGUCUGGGAUACGCGGCGAGCUAGGGAAUGUGUCGCUGCUUCUAUUUCUCUAUGUGCUGCAGGGGAUUCCUCUUGGACUAGGUGGAAGCAUCCCUCUGAUUUUGCAGAGUAAGAAUGUCAGCUACAAAGACCAAGCCUUCUUCAGCUUUGUCUUCUGGCCAUUUAGUCUCAAGCUUUUGUGGGCACCCCUGGUGGACGCUCUGUACUUCAGUAGGUUUGGUAGGAGAAAAUCAUGGCUGGUGCCCACACAGUACCUCUUGGGCCUCUUCAUGCUCUACCUUUCUGCAAAGGUUGAUUCACUGCUGCAGAGUAAGGGAGGACCAGAUGUGGUUACGCUUACUGCGGUCUUCUUCAUGCUUGCCUUCCUGGCAGCCACACAGGAUAUAGCUGUGGAUGGCUGGGCACUGACUAUGUUAUCCAGAGAAAAUGUGGGCUAUGCAUCUACAUGCAACUCUGUAGGCCAGACAGCUGGCUACUUCCUGGGAAAUGUGCUCUUUCUGGCUCUGGAGUCUCCUGACUUCUGCAACAGAUACCUCAGAAUAGUGCCCAAAGACACCGGCAUUGUUACCUUGUCAGAUUUUUUGUUCUUUUGGGGUGUGGUAUUCCUGAUUUCCACCACUCUGCUUGCCAUCUUUAAAAGGGAAAAUGUACGUGGCAGAAGAACGACUACCACCCCGGAGGAAACACAGGGUGUCAUGGAAACCUACAAGUUGCUAUUAUCCAUCAUCAAGAUGCCAACAGUCUUUACCUUUUGUCUCCUGCUUCUCACUGCUAAGAUGGGUUUCUCUGCAGCAGAUGCGGUUACAGGUCUGAAGCUGAUGGAGGCUGGAGUUCCCAAAGAGCAGCUAGCAUUGCUAGCAGUGCCCAUGGUACCUCUCCAGAUCUUCCUACCAGUGGUCAUCAGUAGAUACACAGCAGGGCCCAGACCUCUGGACAUCUUCUACAAGGCCUUCCCAUUUAGGCUGCUUAUCGGAUUGGAGUUUGCUCUGCUAGUGUGGUGGACUCCGAGCGUAAAACAAGAAGGAGCCUUCCCAGUUUACUACUAUGCCGUAGUGCUGCUCAGCUAUGCAUUGCAUCAGGUUGCGUUGUAUAGCAUGUACGUGGCCUGCAUGGCUUUCCAUGCCAAAGUGAGUGACCCCCUUAUCGGCGGGACCUACAUGACCCUGCUGAACACGGUCACUAACCUCGGAGGAAACUGGCCUUCCACUGUGGCUCUGUGGCUGGUCGAUCCACUGACCUCUAAGGAAUGCCAGGGGGCUGCUGGGCAGAGCUGCGGCUCUUCUGAAGAGGCUCUGCUGUGUGUGAAGGAAGGCGGCGUCUGUGUGACAACACUGGACGGUUACUACGUGGAGUCUGUGGUCUGUGUUGUGAUGGGUUUAGCCUGGUGGGUGUGGUUAGGGAAGAAAAUGAGGCGUCUGCAGGAGCAGAGCCCAGCUGCAUGGAAGUGCAGAGUGAACUGAGGAGAAAGCGCUAUCAGCUACACCGCAGGCACUCUUUGGUUCACUUGAUCUUCAUUUACUACACCAAAAACUGCUGAACUACUUCCAUCCUCACACAUCCCGUGUCUCCGGCCCUGCUCUAGCUGCUACAUUCAGAAAGCAUUUACCCCCACGCUUUGCUUCUGUCACGCUGAUUUAUACAUACGUGAAGAUAUUCACUAUUUUCGUCUUUUGUCAUUAAUCUCACUAAUAGUAAAUUAUAUUGUACUCAAAACUGAAACAACCCUCAGACUAUAGCUACAAAGUUAUCUUGAUUUGGCUCUCAUAUAUAUCCUGCUGCUUGAAAUCGCUUAACCAAAAAGAGCUCAGUCAAAGAUUAGGUCAUGUUUUGGGUUCGUUUAAAUGUGCUUGGAUGGCCAGGCUAUGCUGCUCUGUGCAGUUUUUCUUUCUUUUCUUUUUUUUUUUACCCUAAAUGGCAGAAGCACAUCAUCCUUUCUAAACCUUUCACAGAAGAAAUCUUGUAAAGGAAGAACUUUAGACAGACUCGUUCACCUGCCACAACUUUGUUUGGUCUAUGUUAAAAGGAUACUUGAGGGAAAGACAGUCAGGAUACGCAGAAGCACUUAAUCUGACCUAAGUAUAUGCAGUUUAACUCAGUCCGUGUAGUAAUCCAGCUAAAUUACCUCUCCCUCAAUAUUUUCUUAAAAUGACUUUCUGAGUAGGUUUUUUUCCAGUAAAGUAAUUUGUGCCUUAUUUAGCUUUUAAGUCUUCUCAAAAAAAACAAACCAUCGCUUAGUCUGAGCUGCACUGUAGUUAAAAAAUGAAGGCAGGGAAUAUUAGUUAUUUGCAGAUGAAGUUACAAUGAAGAAUACUCGUUUUCACAAAUCUACUGUCAUUUAGAAAGCUGCACUUAACGAUAUGGCUGCUUUCAUACGCCAGUUAUUUUUCUGAUUGGGCAGCUAUGUGCAUAUUCCUUAUGAAGACUCUAAAUUGCAUACUGCGAACCAUCUGUGGUUACAUGAAGUGAGAUAUGUGAGAUCUAAACUGCUUUAUAAAUGUGUUUCUUAAAUAAGGACCAAUUAAAAAUGGAAUUGCAUUGUUGGUCGGUGCCACUCUUCACUGUUGGAUCAUUUAGGUUUUUAGUAGAGUCUGCCAGGUGAAGGUGUUUUAAGCUUCCAAAGACAGCUGGUAUGGUUUUUCACCGGACAGUAUACUUGGCAUGCUUCAGUAUUCAGCCAGGCCCCAGAUAAUAAUAGACUGCAUUCUCCAGAUUUAUAGAUUAUUGAUGCAGCACAUAUUAAACCUGAUGUAGGCAUUUAACUAUAAAUCUGUCUGCAUUUGCAGUGCAUAUCGAGGAUCUCUUAGCUGAGUGCACCUGCUGGGACAGUACGGUCAGCUUUUGCUAUAAUAAAUUUGUGGUCACUUAGAAAGGUCCUUGUUUUUGCAGGAAAAGCACUUUUUUUCAUCUAACUUGAAAAGAAAUAAUAAGAAAUAAUUUUUAGACAUCAUCACAGCAUCCUUGUUUGUUUGAAUAAGUUUUUGAGCUACAGUGUGUACUACUCCCUUCUCAAACAAGCACAGCCUAGCUCUCAUGGCCCAGAAAAAUGGCGUUGGUCAUUGUUAGUCAGUGGUGCUAGCUUCAGUUAUCAUGCAAAUGUAGCCGAGAUGGAAGAAGUCCCUUGGAUGACACCAAAAAUACAGCUUCCAGAUUAACGGAAUCAACUUUCUGGGAUUUACUUACCUGGAUGAUUGAGCGUGGAUCAAGACAGUGUAGCUCUGAUGAGUACUUUCUAACUAAGCGGCCAAUCAAGGACCAGUGAGACAUCCGUUUUGUUUUUUUUAAAGCUAGACCCACUGAUGUACUCGUACUCAGCUGUGCACAGAGGUCUCUCACGCCUCUUUCCAUUACACUCAGCUCUUUGAAGGGAGUAGUACACAUAGUUGCAUUAAAACCAUUUUGAGACUAUAAGUAACACUAUAGCCAAGUGUUCUUCAGCUGUGACAGCAUCACUGGAAGAAGUUUAUUUUUUUAUCAUCAAUCAGCUUUUUUGACACAUUCGUGAACACUGGAAUACAGCAUUGAUGGUUGGUAAAAAUGUCCUCUAUAUGCCUGUGUAGAUAUUCCACUGAAAAUUAUACGUUUAUGAGAAAUUAUUAUAUAAUGCUUCAUUUGAAGAGCUAUACACAGAUAUGCUUUCCUUAAAAAAAAGUUUCAAUGUGAUCUCACAAGCCCAAGAGUGGAAGUGUAUCUCUUUGGCAGGUGGUUCAUUCCCAAGUUUUUAUCAUUACAUAUUUGUAGCAGGCAGAUAAGGGUUUUACUUGCCGUUGCCUGUAAGAAAUGAAAAGAAUUUAAUGGCCACCAAACAAUUCAGAUCUCAGACCAGCAGCCUUUGGAGUGAAAGUUGACGAGUGUGUUUUUUCUGAUGUUUUUCAUACUGUACACACAUUCAUGAAUGAAUUUCUCUGAAACCAGCACUCAAAAGUCUGACUGUGUCAGAUAGAAAAGCAGAAGUGCACAAUCAGGGUUCGUGUGAGGGUACGGCUACCUUUGAACUCAAAUGGUUUUGUAAACUGCGUUUUUAUAGGUUUUUUUUCCCACGUUUUUGUUCAGUCCCUCAUAGUUUACAUUAAAUGAACCACUUCAAAUGACCGUGGGGCCUUUCAUGUUCAUUUGUGGCCAUGUUUUUGUUUUUUUUUAAACAGCUGAGAUUCAGCUUUUUCAGCAUUAUCAGGGCGCUGUGAUUGUUUUGAUUUUGUUUGGGAAUCAGUAAAGUGUGAAGUUUUUUUAGUAGAGGUUUCAGAUUAUUUCCUGAUAAGCUAGUCUCCAUCUUUAAAAUAAUUAAUUUUUUUUAAAUUACUUUAUUAUUUUUUUUUACUUUGCACCUUUUGUGUUUGUGAUGAGUUCAAAUCUCCAGUUACAAAAGGAAAAAGAACUGAUCAGAUGUCUGGUGAUACAUUCAAAUGUGCUCGCAGCACAACUUUGUAAUUAAACGAUAUGCAAACAUA